AAGCCAAGCCAACCCGUUUCCACUAGUAGUAAAACCGAAUUGAAGAAAACUGCUCAAUUCAUAAUCCUUGCGGUUGUCGCAAGCCAAAACGAUCUCACACUUUCAACUUUCUCUUCCAUUCUCUCAUACACAGGUUUUUUUUUUUUUUUUCAUUUCUCUCAUACACAGUUUACCUUCCUCUAAACCCUUUAAUUUAUACAAACCCUAAUUCAUAUACAGAAAAUACAUACACAUAUACAUACAAAUUUUUCGUUAUUGAACGGACCUGAAAUCCAAUUUUGGUAAUCUUUUUAGGGUUUUUAUUUCAAAAACACAGAGCACACAUAUAUAGAGUGUAAUAGAUGAAGCCAAUAAGGCUUCCGGAGCCGCCGGGGAGUCCACCGAGGGGUAUGCCCGACAUAUUCGAAGGUGGAGUCUACGGCGUGAUCCGACGGGCGGUUAUUAUCGGCAACGGAUUUUCGGCUUCUGAGAAUCAGAGCGUCGGUUUGGUUCGAGCCCUUGGGUUCUCUGAGAAGCACACCUUAUAUCGGGUUACAAGGCCAAGAGGAGGAGUUAAUGAGUGGCUGCACUGGCUCCCAGUUUCUUUCCACAAGAAGUUAGAUUACAUCAUCAGGCAGAUAUAUGGUUAUUCACAAAUUCUCUUGACAGGCAGAGGGAAGAAACUUGCGCCUCUACAUACCGAAAAUGGUGGCAGUGUUGGCUUAUCAUCUGUUUUAGAAGCGGAUGUUCAGAAGAUUAUAACAAUGGCGCGGGAGACUUUUGAGAAGGAUGGCCCUUUGCUGGUGGUUGCAUCUGGCAGAGAUACUAUAUCAAUUGCAAGCUCUUUAAAAAGAUUAGCAUCGGAGAAUGUGUUUGUUGUCCAGAUUCAGCACCCAAGGUCCCAUUUGAAUCGGUUCGACAUGGUGAUCACCCCUCAUCAUGAUUACUACCCUUUGACUCCUCGUGCACAGGAGCAGGUCCCUCGGUUUUUGCGGAAGUGGGUAACUCCGUGUGAACCUCCUGAUAGGCAUGUGGUCCUCACUGUAGGAGCUCUUCAUCAAGUUGAUUCUGCUGCACUUCGCACAGCAGCCAUUUCAUGGCAUGAAGAGUUUUCACCUCUGCCAAAGCCGUUACUUGUGGUCAACAUUGGAGGCCCCACGAGCCGCUGUCGAUAUGGUGCUGACCUUGCAAAGCAGUUAACAGCCUCUCUGCACAAUGUUCUUGCAAGCUGUGGUAGCAUAAGAAUAUCUUUCUCAAGGAGGACUCCUGAGAAGGUUUCCAAUAUCGUAUUGAAAGAAUUUGGAAAUCAUCCAAAAGUUUACAUAUGGGACGGUGAAGAACCAAAUCCACACAUGGGGCAUCUAGCUUGGGCUGAUACUUUUGUCAUCACUGCGGAUUCAGUUAGUCUGCUGAGUGAAGCUUGCAGCACCGGUAAACCUGUAUAUGUUAUUGGUGCCGAGCGUUGUACGUGGAAGUUUGUGGAGUUUCAUAACUCUCUGAUGGAACGAGGUCUUGUUAGGCCAUUUACUGGUCUUGAGGAUAUGUCAGAAAUCUGGAGUUAUCCUCCGCUAAACGACACAGCAGAAGCAGCCAAUCGGGUUCACGAAGCACUUGCCGAGCGUGGAUGGAGAUUGCGGCCAUAGAGAAGAACCCUUUAUUUAUGUUGUAGUAUUUUUCUCAUUGUUUUAUGUACUACUUUCUUUAAAGCUACUUGUUAUGAAUCUUGUGCAGAAAUACCUUAGACAUGAUACUGGGGUCAGCAUUGAUGGCUUAUUCUUUUGCCCUGGGGGGUUUUGAAACUAGAAUAAAUGUCAGCUUUAUUAGCACGGCUUGUGAAAUAGUAAGAGAUGGGUGUCUUUUGGGGGAGAAUUUUGUGUUUUGGAACUUCAUUGUAUGGAAUCGUUUUGAGCUGUUCUUCAUGGGAUUGUAGUUCUGGAGUUUUGGUUGAUCUCACUCGAA